AUGACGACAAUUGCCCUUUCCCGGCCCGUGGCACCACAUCGCCCGUCCUCCCUCACCACUUCGACCAUCACACUUGAUACCCACACGGCACAAUGCCCGGCCCCCAUCCCCAAUAAGCACAUCCCCGUAUGCCCCCCGGGGCCCAUCCCCCAAGCUGAGCCAAGCACGCCGCCGCCGUCGCCGGGCAAGGAAGACGAGCAGCUCACCCGGUCGCUACUGUACCCGGCCGACAGGUACUCGCACGAGGAGAGAAACACGCUCCGCUUGUACGAACUGGCUGCCGACGAAGUAGCGGCGGCCCUGGACCACAUCGCCCGCCAACCGCUCCCGGAUCCCACUCAGGUGUUCCCCUGGUUCCACGGUCUGCACCCGUCUAACGCGAUCCAGCAGUCGUUCUUCAUGGCCCGGAAACGCGCCUUGCGAAGGACCCCGCCCUGUCUCCGCGGCAUUGCUGUGGUGAAAGCCGACGGCGACCUCAGCGUCGCCCGGCUGAAGGGUGCCAUCGCUCCCGAGGAGUUCCUGCAGCGCGGUGGGAUCGCCCCCGAGUUCCUCGAUAUUGACCCCAAGGACGGCUUCUCGGUGCGCAACUUCCAGAUCCAGGCGGCCAAGUCGGCCAUGACCUCGGACAUUAUCGUGUAUGGAGAGGACGCGGCGACGGUGCGCAAGCUGGGCUGGGACAUCGCAGCCGCCCAGCAGCGGUGGCGUAACGGCCACAAACUCAUGCAGCACUACAUCCCCCACUACAACACCUUUUUUUGUGUAGCCCCCUUCCGCGAGUUCGAAGAGAAGCACCCGGAUAUCGUGGCGGUCGGGUCAGCGGGCACCCUCACGGGCCACGUGCUGGAUUUCUUCCACCAAGAGCGCCGCGAGAUGUACGACAUGACUCAGGCAUCGGAGAUCUCGCACAAUGUCUGGCUCGGUCCGACGCCGGACUCCGGGUCGGAAGAGGAGCAGGCCUACGACGUCCUGAUCGAGUGCAGCGACCACGGCCGGCUGAACGAGGCCGCACUGCAGGCCAUCGCUAAUGCGCCCGAUGACGAGACUAAGCAGUACCAUCUCGAUUUCCCGUCCUCCGGCAGCAUUCUAGCGCCGACUUGGUCCCAUGCCGAAGCGGACGGCAUCCUGGAGUCCUGCAAAUGGCUGCACCAUCUUGCCCACGGCACCCGUCCUCCCCAUCCCACUCCAAGUCCAGAUACCGACGGCGAUACCCCAAUGGCCACUACUGCAGACACCACUUCACCGCACUCACGCCCCCGCCGGAUUCUCCUGCACUGCAGCGACGGGUACACAGAAACCACCCUCCUCGCGGUCGCCUACCACGCCUUCGCCAGUGGCCUUCCCGCCCCAGUGGCCUGGCUUGACCUGCACACCACUCAUGGGCGCAACCUCUUCGCCUACCCUUCUGACGUCGGCCUGCUCUCUGCCCUCGCCCCACGCCUCCUUCAGGAAUCCCCAGCCCAGCAUGGUCCCUCUCGAGCCCUACCCGCGAACCUCAAAGCCGAAGGCCAAGACGAACACGAAAAUGAACCCCGUUGGUUCACAGGCUUCGACGGCUCCUUCCCCAGCCGCGUGCUCGAGUACAUGUACCUCGGCAACCUGGGUCACGCGAACAACCCCGACCUGUUGCGGGCGCUUGGGAUCGGGCAGAUUUUGAGUGUGGGCGAGACAGCCAUGUGGCGAGACGGGGAACUGGAAGCCUGGGGGCCCGACAAUGUGUGUUGUGUGCAGGGGGUCCAGGAUAAUGGGAUUGAUUCAUUGAUGGAGGAGUUUGAGCGGUGUCUGGCUUUUAUUGACCGCGGCCGCCGUAACGGCACCGCGACGCUAGUGCACUGCCGCGUGGGUGUUUCGCGGUCUGCGACCAUCUGCAUCGCCGAGGUCAUGCGGGCACGACAGUUGUCGCUGCCGCGUGCCUAUUGCUUUGUGCGUGCGCGCCGGUUGAAUGUGAUCAUUCAGCCACAUUUGCGAUUUGCGUAUGAGUUGUUGAAGUGGGAGGAGAUGUUGAUGGGGGCCAAGGGCAGUGAGACAGAUGGGGAGGCUGAGGGGAAAUCGCCAGGCUCGGGCUUCAAAAGGGAGCUAGAGUGGGCGGAUAUUGCGCGCGAGAUUGCGCUCAUGAACAAGCCGUAUGCCCGAUGA